UCCUCGCCGCGCGCCUGCCGCAAGACGCCGACAGCCGCCCCGUCCGCGGCACUAGGCCGCCCCGUGCAGGAUGGGAUGCUGGGUCCUGCUCCUGCUCCUGCGCCUCGUCGGGAACGUUCACGCAUGCGCUGUGCCCAGCGGCCUCACUCAUCUGCUGAAGAUGCCGAAGCGCUCGGUGGCCAGCCCCAUCGUGCAUUCUCCGGAACCUGCAUGGCCACGACCUCGGCCUUGGAGGAUAACAGAAGGCCGCUCUGGACACAGGCCUUCGGAAGCGUUUAGGACCACCGUGGUCCUCACCGACGAGGAGUACUUCGCCUCACUGCAUCCUUCCGAGUCCCAGCGCAGUCCUGAGACCGCUGACCAUAAGCCUUUCUUCGAUGGAUAUGCCUACGGGAGGUCGAGAGAGCCCGAGGGAGUCGAACCUGAGGAACCCAUGGCCCCAGACCGGGAGGAAGACGCAGCAGCUGACUCAUUGAAAUCGAGCGCCGAGGUUCUAAGGGAGCAUUUAGAAAGCUUUCUCAGUGAUAUGAGAAACGACCUCGACGUACCCUUGAAGGAGAGAGCCAGGGUUCGAAUAUUCAAUGAAUUUCUCGGAUACGGACUGGAGACACGGUACCAAAACUUCACAGGAGAGCUUUACAAAGAUUUGAUGGACAACAGCCAGCCGGCAUCGGGUGUCAACAUUAUUGGCGUCCUCUCUGGGAAACGCAGAAGGACCCCCGAGGAUCAGCUCAUCGUUUUGGGAGCGCAUUACGAUACAUUUAAAAAAACAAAAGGUGUCAACGACAACGGCUCCGGUGUCGCCGCCUUGCUUGAGGCGGCGCGGGUACUCACGAUGCACCAGUGUGAUCUCAACUACACCGUCAUUUUCGUCGCUCUGGACAUGGAAGAAAUCGGCUGCAUCGGCAGUUACUACUUCGUGCAUGACUUUUUGAUCUCGAACGAGCUACUCCGAGAUGGAUCCAAGUUUCAGGGUGCCAUUAUUAUGGACACCAUCCUGCACUACAACGAUACAAUGUACUCUCAAGACAUUCCCGUUGAUUUUCAUGACGCCAGCCCGAUGGUGGCGAAUGCGAUCGUGGCGGACGGCUUCCGCGGCAACUUUCUGGCCAGCAUGUCCCGGUGGCGGAUGGACGAGCGGUUGGCACUGGCGUUCGGCCGUGCUUGGCGCCGCGACGGCGAACCUCACUUCCGCCUGCACAGCCUGGCUAUCCCGCUGGGGCCACAGCCGCAGGCAGCCAGUCUUGCCAAGCAUAUCAACUUCCUGCGGAGCGACCACGUGAUGUUCUGGUACCACAGCCACCCCGUCUACAGAGAAAGCCUCAGCGCCAUCCUGCUCACGGACACCGGACCGUUUCGUGGGACAAUGCGUGAGUGCUAUCACGAAGUAUGUGAUGACGUCACGGCGCUGAAUGACUUCAAUCUACACUUCCUCCAGAAGACUACAAACUCGCUUGUGGCGACCAUCAUAGACUUGGCCAAGGGAUCUUGCGACACAGCACAGAGUUUAGCACUACAGCUACGUUGGAGACCAAGUAACAAUUCAUCACCAAGCAGAUACGUACUGCAGGAAAAGACACUCAUCUUUCUGUGUGUACUGAUGUCAUUGACAAUGUAAAUAAAAUUCAGCAUUUACCUCUA